CAUUACAGGUGGCUGUAAAUGUGUUUUUAUGCCAUGCCUUGGUUAUUAAUAGCAAGUACCUUCAUUCAGAAAGUCCCUGUUUCAAAGCUCGCCAGCCUCUGGGAUGUUUGUUAAUUGGAGCCUGUAAGUUGGUUAAGGUGGAGAAUGUGCUGUGAAAUAUGUGUGUAUGGAUCCUCCCAUGGGCAGAGGAGGUGCAAGAAAUCAAGAAGGCUUUGCUGAAUAAUGAGCUAUGUUUCCUUCGGGGGCAGGACAGGAACUAGCUAAGAACAUUUGUCUAUCAGACUAGGACAACAAUUCGAAGGACUGAGGUGGGACCCAGAUAAGCUUCAGAAGGCCAGCAGUCGGGAGGAAACAGAAGGCGCCGUGCCCCUGCCUACCACAGCCCCUGCUGCCCACAGUCUUUCAAGUCUGAAUAGCAGUCAGGCUCCUUUUGACUCAGUUUGGUGCCUGUUCUCUUGCAAACCCUCUGGCUGUAGCUGUUGGCCAUAGUGGGCCUGUGGAAUUCAUACAGGGAGAGGCAGGUGGUGGUGAGCCACGCACAGACAAGCAGACCCUCACCAUGGGCUGGGACCUAGCUCUGGGAUCUGCUGGCCAGACAGCUGCAUGAGGUUGUUGGCUGAACAUCAAAUCUGAAGAGAAAGGAGCUGAACAGUGGAGGAACAGGACCUCAGACAUACUGGAGACUGUGACCCUGGACAUCAACAAGCCAUAGAGCAUGGCUGUAGUCUCUAAAGGGUAAAGGGUGUAGGGAGAGGGAGGGAGUGGCUUCCUGAGGUACUACCUACAUUCCUGUCUGCAUCUUGUCUGUGUGUGAAAGGAACAACCUCUUUACUGGCAAACUUCCUCAGAGAUCUGGGAGGCUUGGAGGGAAGAAUAAACCACAACAGAAAAACAACAAAAUAAUAAUAAAAAGUCUGCUAGCUUCCUUUUCUUACCCACAAGCCAUUAUGAGCCUGGGAGGUGGGAGGCUAGGCAGGUUGCCAAAGUUUGGGGCCCAGCUGAGAGCUGAAGUGCCUUCCUUGCUGGGAAAGAGAACUGAGGCAUGAGGCGGUAUCCUGAGCAAGGCCUGUUGAUCUGUUGGAUGUGUGUGACAUAUGGACAGGUAAUAUUGGGACAGAGCAUAGUCAAGAAUAUGCCAAAUCUUUGCAGCAAUACGCUCCUCAAAAUGGCAUCACUGUGGUUUUCAGCCCCAGGGGCCGUACUUCCUGGUUCCCUGGGUUUGCUUUCUCAUUGACCCAGGUCCUGCCUUACGUGUGGAUUGGAUUUUGUUUCUUCUUCUGAAUUCUCUAUAGCGCCUCCCUUUGGAGUACAUUAGUGUUGGCUGUAAUGGAGCCUGGCUUCUCCAAAAAGGACAAAACCAGCCCAGUGGGCCACAUGGGGACCUUCCAGGAUGCCAGGGACAGGGUCAGCCUGGAAGCCAGGGGAUCUCUGGGGAGAUGUUUCUGGCAUUUAUGACUGAUCCGAACACAGUGGGAAGAGGAAGAGAUCUCUAUCCAGAGUUCUGUGCUCCCACUGUCAUCUUCAUCAUUACCUCGGUCCCUCCUUCCUGCUCUACUUAUGUCCCCAAAUGUGGAUGUUUAGGCCUCUUGGGUACCACAUGGCCAUGAUUGCUUCUUAAAAAUAUCCAGGCAUGGGGUUGGGGAUUUAGCUUAGUGGUAGAGUGCUAAGGCCCUGAUUUGGUCCCAGCUCCGAAAAAAAGAAAAAAAAAAUGUUCAGGCACAUCGCAAUUAGGACCAUUAUUUUGUCUAAGACUUACCUCUGAUUUCUUUUAAAUUUUAUUUUACUGGUCUAAUUAAAACAUUUUAAGACAUUCUCUUGUAUCCACUCUGGUGAGUUGUGAUAGGUAAUGUGUGGGUGGGGAAUGGAGAGGUAACAGGGCUCCACCUCUCUAUAUCUGCCCCAGGGUUUUCCUGAGACAUUAAUCUUGAUCCCAGGGAGCACAAGGAAUACAAACUAUGUCUUUCAGAUGAGGAAUUGUAUAUACAUGUGCAUAGUAAGCCACCAUUCAAGGCUCCGAGGACCCAUCCUUCACCUGCCCCAGAGUACUUUGCUUUUUGAGAUGGGGCAUGAGCAGGGGCAGAGGAACUGGACUCAGUUUAUCUAGUUCUGUCUCCCUCCUACCUCCUUAGGGUAUGUUUCAGUGUGGCCAGUCCUUGCUCUCUCAAAGGGUGACCAUUUUACUUUGGAAGACUCCUGUGGACACUGAGUGAGCUUGAGAAAGCACACGGCUGCCUGAAUUCUCAGGCCUCACGGGCCAGCUAGGUGAGCAGAUCUGGCGUUUGAAAGUGGGAACCACUCUUAACAUUGUAUACGGCCCUACGGUUCUCAGCCUACAAUUUUAUUGAGUCCAGGCAGCCACCACCUGGGCAAGAAUCAGUAGAGAGGCCUAGAAGGUGACUGGAUCCAGGGUAGGCCUACUCCAGGUCGUUUCUGAAUUAUUCUCUUCUGGGGCUAGAUACCUCAAAUGUAUCUGUGUCUCCCAAGAACUGAAUGCCUGCUGCCCCGCAGCCGGAUCAGCCCUUAAGGAGCAUUGCUUUGUCCUAGGCAUAAUGUCCUUGAUCACUGACUUACCCAGGGGGUCAACAGAAACCUGUACAGGACAUGCCAUGGCCUCAAGGAAAGUAUGAAGCACGUAGGUUUGUCACCCACCACUGCCCAUCUCCAUCACCUAUGCACCUUGGGUCUGCCCUUUAGAGAUGGGUUGAUGAACCCCAUACCAUUGGUACAGAAUGACCCAGUCUUGUGUGAGGACUAAAGUUAUGUUUUAAGUUUAAAUUACUGUGCCUAAGAGAUCUGUUGAACAGAAGUGCCUCUAACUGUAAGCCUCUCUUGCCCAAGAACAGAGAACUCCCUGGAGUGUGGGGGUCUGCUGUCCAGGAAAGACAACAAGCCACAUGUUUUCACUUCUGUAAACAAGGUCGGUUGCCCCAACUGUACAGCUCCCACAUAAGGUGUGUGUGUGUGCGGUGCUAUGUCGAGGUGGGUGCUUGCCCCCAUUUGGACAAGGUGGGAAGUCUAUAACCUGCUGGAAUUUGCUUUAAAAGCAGCUAAGGUAAUACAUGGUCAUUCUUUGGGAACCACAGGUGUCAACCUAGGCAUCGGCAUAGUCCUGGCCAGUAUUUAAUAAGUGUGCUUCAAAUCUGUCUCAAAAAAUUCUACUAGUUAUUCUCACCCAGGGGGGUUAACAGUUGAUGUGAUACUCUCUUUACCUGCCUCCACUGGUAAAGAGUAGGGCACAAAGACAUACCCAUUGCUCCCCUUCUUUAGGGGAACUUUUGCUUCAGAUUUCUGUAUCAGACCCUCUAAACAAGGACGAGGUCAGCCAGUGACCUUUCUCAUCCUGAUGACCCUGGAUGUCGAACCUCGAAGCAGUACCAGGUCCCUGAAAUGUACCCAAUGCUGGGCGUGGCCCCUCUAGGCUCACACACCCAGCUGAUUUCCUUCUUUCCUUUGCUUCAGCAGCAUCCCCGCCUGACUUUCUGCGAGCUCUCCACUCACUCUCUGUAAUCUCUCUCUGGAAGUGCUGCCCCUGAUAAUUUUCAAAUCUUGGCCUCACUCUCCCUAUCAAUUAUCUCCCUUGGACCCAGAACUCUGCCCAAGCUCUUCUCACGGUUUCAGUGAGUUCAUUGCCCAACCUCAUCCCGUCUGGCGGCCCGGCAGUCUCAGAGAACCUCAGGUCAGAGAUAUCCAUCCCCUAACUUCCCUCGAUGCUGUGUCUUUAGCUCCUGACUUCUCUGACCAUCAUCUGCUGUUUCGUCUGUCCUUGGCCCCAUACGUUCUCUUCGUUUCAACUUCUGCUCCCUCUCUCUUGCAUAUCCAGCUAGCCACAGCAUCACGUGGUGCGUUAGUCCCUCCCUCGUUCUGCCACCUUCCCUGCCUUUUAGGCUCUCCAGUUUGAACUUCCUAAAACGUGCCUGGUCCUUGGGAUAGAAAGAAAAGAUCUUUCCCCAAGAGCCCUUUCCUCGGGGAGCCCGUGAGCCCUCAGUACUGGGCUUUUACAAUGACCAGGUCACCAGCUAGUAGGAUUGGUGGAAUCCUGGGCUGGUUUCCGCCGGUGGAGGUUCCUUGCUGGUAACUCGACUAUCACUUGCCUUCCAUCCCCCAAGGUUCUGGUUGGUUUGGGGCGUUUUGUUUGUUUGAAACAGGAUCUCAUGUAGUCCAGUUUUUUGGCCUCUGGCUAGCUAUGUAGCUAAGGAUGACCUUUGAACUCCAGAUCCUACUGUUUCUACCUCCCAAGCGCUGAAACAAAUUCGUGGAACCACACCCAGCUGUUAGAGCCUCUCUACUUUUUAGAAGCUGAAACUCGUAUCUCCAGCCUCUCCGAGAGAGACUCGGGAGUCAGGAAGUGGAGUCACACCCAGCCCGGGAAAACCCUGUGUUUUUUAUCACCUCUCAUGACGGAGACUCACCAUCUGCAGAGAACUUCGUCAUUGUGGCCCCUGCCUGAAAUCCCAGCACCAGGCAGAGGCAGGAUUGCCACCCGUUUUAAGUCAGUUUGGUAAGUUCAGGCUAGGCCAGCCAGGGCUGUUAGGAGACUGUGUCAGCAUCUAAACCAAACUAAAUUAAUUAAAGAUCUCUAAGGGCUGACGAGCUAGUGUUCGUUCCUACUGGAACUGGGAACUUGCAAUUCAGCUUUUGUUUGCUUCGUAUUAAUGAUUUUGUCUCUCUCUCCUUUUUUCUUCAGAUAAUACAAAUUAAACCUGUUGACUUACCUGAAUGCAUGGCAGGUGGUUUUGAUCCCUAGGCAGGAGGUAAAACUGGGGUGGGGUUUUCUUAAGAGAGCUUGGGUCAGAGCGGAAUCCUUUAUCUCUUGUGCCCCUUCCCAGAAUGCACUUGCGUUCCCCCGACUAUGAAUCUCCCCAUUUUUGGAUCCCGCCCUGAAAGGUGGAGAGGAGAGAUGGAGAGGCCAGGGCAGUGGCUUUGUCAGAGUGACACACUGCAGGUUGGACUUGAAUUUCUUGCAUCUGAGCUAAUUGCUGUGGUAAUGCAGCCACCUAUAAAAUUACAGAGCGGCUCGCCCAGAUGCCCAUAUCUGUUGCAAGUCUCAGAAGCUCCCCUUUCCUGUGGGUUCCCGAAGGCUGCCUGCUGGGCUCUGAGCAUCAGCCUAUCCUACUGCCUCCUAGGUCGGUCCUCGGACAUCAGCUCCAAUGGCCGCCCUCACGGACUUUGCUUUUAUGUACCGUUGGUUUAAAAAUUGCAAUCUGGUGAAAAACCUCUCUGAGAAGUAUGUCUUCAUCACUGGCUGUGACUCCGGCUUUGGGAACCUGUUGGCCAGACAGCUGGUUGAUAGGGGCAUGAAAGUGCUUGCUGCCUGCCUCACGGAGGAAGGGGCUCAGAAACUCCUGCAGGACACCUCCUACCAGCUACAGAUCUUCCUCCUAGAUGUCACUAAGUCGGAGAGCGUCAAGGCAGCAGCCCAGUGGGUGAGGGACCAAGUGGGCGAGCAAGGCCUCUGGGCCCUGGUGAACAAUGCUGGAGUGGGCCUGCCCAGUGGUCCCAACGAAUGGUUGACCAAGGAAGACUUUGUGAAAGUGAUCAACAUAAACCUGGUGGGGUUGAUUGAUGUCACAUUGAACAUGCUGCCGAUGCUCAAGAAAGCCCGGGGCAGGGUGGUCAACAUGUCCAGCUCUGGUGGCCGAGUGGCUGUCAUCGGUGGCGGUUACUGUGUCUCCAAGUUUGGUGUGGAAGCCUUCUCUGAUAGCAUCAGGCGAGAGCUUCAUUUCUUCGGGGUGAAGGUCAGCAUCAUCGAGCCAGGAAACUACAAGACAUCCAUUCUGGGCCAAGAAGCUCUGCAAUCACGCAUGAGAAAGCUGUGGGAUCGGCUGCCACAGGAGACCCGAGAUAGCUACGGAGAGGAGUAUUUCCAAACCUACACUGACAAGUUGGUUAACUUGAUGCGGACGGCAGAACCAAGGAUCAGCGAUGUCACCAACAGCAUGGAGCAUGCCAUUGUCUCCCGGAGCCCCCGCAUCCGCUACAACCCUGGGCUGGAUGUCAAGCUUCUCUAUAUCCCCCUGUCUAAGUUGCCCACCCCCGUGACAGAUUUCAUCCUUAGCAGAUACUUGCCGAAGCCAGCAGAUAGUGUUUGAGCUGGCAAGCUCAAGGAGUAGCCGUUAGGGCGUAGGGGAGAGGGCAAAGGACCAUGGGAUCAUGAGAGGUGGGCAGAGAACAGCAUGCUGGGCUCAUUCCCACUGCAGACUGAAGUCUCCUCCCAUCUGCUGGGGCCUCAAGAAACCUGAUGAAGCCCCUGCUGAUUUAGAGGGUUGCAGCAUAGGCCCCAAGACACCUGUCACCAAGGCAGGUACUUGUGGUCCUUGGCCUGGAAAGGUCGAGAAGAAAGCUGACUUCUACUGAAUGACAAGCUGUCACCACCUCUGCAAAACACCUUGGGACAAUCUAGCCCACAGGAGAAUCCCGGCCCCCUCCCCCACAGCUCUCUAAGCAGGCGCUGGUUUGUGUAUAUAUGAAAUACGUAACGUGGCAGCAAGAACUGCCAGGGCAUAUCCAGAGAAGGUUUUAAGUAGUUUUUUUUUCUUUGCAUUUCUCUAUCUGUAGGUGACCGGGGUCCAUAUAACACUUGAUUCUUUAAUCACCACUGGUUAAUGUUUCAGGUAUUUAUUGAGCACUUACUACCUACCAGCACCAAAGCACUCGCUGGAGGUAUGUGAGGAUGAUGAAGUCAUGAACUUGAUUUUUUUUAUUGUUUAUUUUGUGUUUUACUUUGUUACAAUAGCUAGCAGCAGAGAUAGGACAGUGACAGAAGGGACAAAAAUCAGAAAAAGGAAAUUUGAAGAACCCUAGAGUUCAAGAGUUCCCAAACUUGGGUGUUUACCAUGAUCUCUCACUCAGUUAAAAUGCAUAUGGCAGCUGGAGAGACAGCUCAGAGGUUAAGAGCUCUUGUGCCUCACAGAAUCUUGGUUAGAUCCCCAGUAUCCACACGGUGUCUCACAGCCCCCGUAAUUCCAGUUCCGGGGAUCUGAUGCCCUCUUCCGACCUCCACGGGUACCAAGCAUACAUGUAAUGUGUGUAAAUAUAUGCAGGUAAAAACACACCUACACAUAGGUAAGAUAAAUCUUUAAGAAGUGAGUGCAUGUGGCUAUUAGCCCAAAUGCUCGAAUUACCCUAGAUGCACAGAACACAUGAAACUCAAGAAGGAUAACCAAAAUGCGAAUGCUUCACUCCUUCUUUAAAAGGGGAACAAGAAUACCCUUGGAAGAGAAUAGGGAGGCAAAGUUUAGAACAGAGGCAGAAGGAACACCCAUUCAAAGCCUGCCCCACAUGUGGCCCAUUCAUAUACAGCCACCCAAUUAGAUAAGAUGGAUGAAGCAAAGAAGUGCAGGCUGACAGGAGCCGGAUGUAGAUGGCUCCUGAGAGACACAGCCAGAAUACAGCAAAUACAGAGGCGAAUGCCAGCAGCAAACCACUGAACUGAGAACGGGACCCCCAUUGAAGGAAUCAGAGAAAGAACUGGAAGAGCUUGAAGGGGCUUGAGACCCCUUAUGAACAACAAUGCCAACCAACCAGAGCUUCCAGGGACUAAGCCACUACCUAAAGACUAUACAUGGACUGACCCUGGGCUCCAACCACAUGGGUAGCAAUGAAUAGCCUAGUAAGGGCACCAGUGGAAGGGGAAGCCCUUGGUCCUGCCAAGACUGAAACCCCAGUGAACGUGAUUGUUGGGGGGAGGGUGGCAAUGGGGGGAGGAUGGGGAAGGGAACACCCAUAUAGAAGGGGAGGAGUUAGGAGGAUGUUGGUCCGGAAACCGGGAAGAGGAAUAACAAUUGAAAUGUAAAUAAGAAAUACUCAAGUUAAUAAAGAUAAAAAGAAAGAAAGAAAGAAAAGAAAAGAAAUUCAUGUUCAGACAGCAACUUGAAUGAACCUCAAAAAAAAAAAAAAAAAGUGAGUGCAUAAGGAAUCUGGGCACAGUAUCUCAUGCUUGUCAUCCCAACACUUAUGGUGCUGAGACCAGAGGAUUUUUGUGAGUCCAAGGAAAGACUAGAUUACAAAAUGGGACACUGUCUUAAGAAACAAACAAACAAAAAAAAUCGUAAGAACCUGGAUGUUAGAAAAUCUGAUUCAAUAGACUUGAGGCAGAGCCCAGAUCUAUGAACUAUGUACCAAGGACCUAAAUGUUCCUGUGCAGCUGGGAGCCAGUGAUAGUCCUGCAGGAGAAGCCACCAAUGGGCUCAGAGUGGGAAGUCAUUUUCCCAAAGGCCCCCAGCUAAGUGACCAAGCAGAACCCUUUUCCAGCAGGAGAUGAACUGUUUGUAACAUCUUCAAAUAAGUCAUAGAACUAAAUAAUUCAUAUCUUUAAAAGUAGCUACAAACUUCUGGGUUAUAUGAGCUCUUGAUGAAAAAAAGUACUUUUUUGAUCAAGUUGAUAUACUGAGUAUCAAAUCCAGAGCCUGAGCAUUCUAGGCAAGCGCUCAUCACUGAGCUAUAUCACCAGCCCACGGAUUUUCAAUUUGCUUACUCAGAAGCUCAGGAUGGCCUUGAACUUGUUAUAGCUUUCCUCAAACUCAUGAAUCUCCUGCCUCUGUUCCCAGAUGAUAUGAUCAUAGACAUGUGACACCAGUCCCAACAAUAACAGCAAUUAAAUAAAUAGAAAUGUUCAAAAAUGUUGCUGUUUGUGGAAUAAAGGUCAAAUAUGAUUAUUUAAAAA